GAAAAACAGAAGAGUGAACUGUCCUGAUGCGCGUGGUUGGAAGGCAGGGUUGAAGCGGCAAUAGCGCGGACCAGACGGCAUCAUGUCCGCGGACGAAGGCGACAGCCACUUCUUCGCUGAGGCGAAAUGCGAAGGCGAAAAGUGGGCUCAGGCAUCAAUCACAUGAAGAACGACUGCAGCACACCAUGCUGAUCGUCAUGAUCUGUUGUUUCAGGAUGCUGCCCGUGGCGAAUGUGGGUCGGAUCAUGAAGCGGAUUCUGCCGACCAACGCCAAGAUAGCCAAGGACGCCAAGGAGACCAUGCAGGAAUGCGUCACCGAAUUCAUCGCAUUCAUCACCAGCGAGGUGCGUGCAGACAGACGUACACAUGACGCUCAGAGCGGGAUGCGCUCGAUGGAUGGAUGGAUGCCUGCUUGCCUGCCUGCCGUCCCUUUGUCGGUGCUGUGAGUGCAGGCGAGCGAGAAGUGUCUGCUUGAGAAGCGCAAGACGCUGGGGGGAGACGACAUCAUCAACGCGCUGGGCAACCUCGGCUUUGAGAAGUAUCAGGAGCCGCUGCGGAAGUACCUCGACAGAUACAGAGAGGUGGGUAUGGUAGGCACACGACUGACGAAAUAUAUGUAGCUUCUGUAUGUCCCUGUGCUUGCCAUUGUGUAUAUUGCUUGCCGUUCGGCACUCAUUCAGCAUGCUCCCGCGGAGGCUGCGGGCAAGUACAUGCCAGCAGCCAGCGCAGACAGGGGUCUGGCGGGCAUGGGAGGGUCGAGCUCGACCAUGGGCGGCAUGUUUGGGAUGCACCCUUCACAAACCCAGCAACGGGCAGGGAUGCCGCCCCAAGUAGGGCAGAGGGAACAUCAACACACUUUCAUACGUGGCUGACUUCGGGGUGUACGGUUGUGUGUGCAGUUCGCUGGCCCUCCAGGAAUGCCGGGCAUGCCAUUCGGCGGAGCCCCUCAUGGCCUGCAGGGCUUCCCAGCGGUAAGGACAAAUACUUGCGAGCGAGCACAUACAGGUGGACUGCAUCCCAUUCUCCCCUUCUCCCCUGGAUGCCUCUCAGUUGCCCCAGGCGGCUCGCAUCAACCCGGCAGCCUUCAUGCAACACGCGGCCGUGGCUUCUCAGAUGGCAUCCAUCCACGGCCAAGCUGGCGCACAUCCCUUUGGCCCAGCCGGGGCUGCCGGUCCCCCCACUGCCAGCCCCCAGAUGCACGCCCGCGGCUUUCCUUCCCUCAUGAGCAGCGGCAGCGCCUCGGCGGCUGGUCUGCCGGCCGGGGGUCAUCAGGAUGAUGGACUGCAUCACGAGGACGUGGCCAUCGGUGGCGCGUCUCUGAUCAAGCAAGAGGACGUGCCCAUCGGUGGCGCGUCUCUGAUUAAGAUGGACCACGAGGGAGAGGGCAUACACGGCGGCCCAGGGCCAGUCAUCAAGCACGACGACGACGACGACGACGACGAUGAUUGAGUAGCGUGAUUUGUUCUUGACGAGUGCAUUGCAUGCGUCGUGUGCGUGCGUGCGUGCGUGGUUGUAUAGAAGACGGCACGAAAGCAGCUCUGUGUGAGCUGGCUGUUAUUGCUCUUGAAGAC